AUGAAAUAUUUAGUUGGUCGUUUAGAAUCUAGAUCUAACAGAUGUGGAUGGAUGGAUAGUUGGUGGAUAGAUGUAGGGUGGAUGGAUAUUUGGUGGAUAGAUAGAGGAUGGAUGGAUGGAUGGAUGGAUGGAUGGAUGGAUGGAUGGAUGGAUGGAUGGAUGGAGGGUGGAUGGAUAUUUGGUGGAUAG